AUUCCCCCACCACAGACCUAGGGUUCAUUCGCUGCGCCGUCACUUCCCCUCUCCCCAUCCUCUCCAACCCUCGUCGGCGAGGCCUCCGGCGGCGGCGGCGACAAUGGUGAAGGGACGCCAAGGCCAGCGCGUCAGGAUGUACGUGCGGGGCACGAUCCUGGGCUACAAGCGGUCCAAGUCGAACCAGUACGAGAACACGUCGCUGCUGCAGAUCGAGGGCGUCAGCACCAAGGAGGAUGUGGCGUGGUACGGCGGCAAGCGGAUCGCCUACGUAUACAAGGCCAAGACCAAGAGCGACGGCACCAGCAUCCGGUGCAUCUGGGGCAAGGUGACUCGCCCGCACGGCAACUCCGGCAUCGUGCGAGCCAAGUUCCGGUCCAACCUCCCGCCCAGCUCCAUGGGUAAGAAGGUCCGCGUCUUCAUGUACCCCAGCAGUAUCUAAUCAAGGUAUCUUCCCUAACUUUUGAGGAGGUUCAGCUGGAAAGUUUCCAUGGCGAUUUUGAGUAGUUUAGCUUGCUUUUUUUUUUUACUGAACAGGCUGGGCAGUCGCAACUUAUGUCAAUUGUAACUCAUUGGCCUUGAAAUGAAAGUAUUAUGCUGUGUUAAUGGUG